AUGUUGGCCACCAAGCCGCCAUUCUCUGGCUCGUCCAUCAGCACAGCUGGUCUGGCUGCCAACACGAUACAGUCCGGCUUGCCCACCGCCCGCCGCAUCCCUAACAUCGCCAACCCGCCUCAAACCUUCGCCAGCCCGACCGAGUCCGAGUUUUCCGAGACGGAUGGCCCCGACUCAGUCAAGAACUGGGACGAGGACCGCGUCUGCGACUACCUCGUCAGCGUCAAGUGCAGCGAGUACGAAAAGCUUUUCCGCAAGAACAACAUCAAUGGCCAGAACCUCUUGGAAAUGGACAAGGAUGUCCUCAAGGAAAUGGGCAUCGAAAAGGUUGGCGACCGCGUCCGCCUCUUCCUCUGCAUCAAGAAACUACGGACAAGGGCAUAUGCCAACCAAAAGAAGAGAAACAGGGAUUCAUUUGCGGCCCUCGAACCUAUAUCAAUUUCUGCUCCAGGUGUCUCGCCGCGGCCUCUGAACCUCCGCAGUAACAGUAGCAACACCACAAUUUCUGCGCCCGUGAAUCGACGAUACUCAAGACAAAUCGACAUACCACCACCUCUCGAGAUCGACCGCUCCAACAGGUCUUCUUCCCCACCCGUAUCGGCUGAAAUGCGCUCCGCGAGACAGCAAAGAUUCCCGGCCGGCUACAUGAGCAAUGCGACACCCAGCACCUCUGCUAGGCUGCCCACCCCCGCCGAGGGUGAAGCAUCCGGUCGCAUGCCAGCGGCCCAUACGAGAAACAACUCUAGCAUGGAUGGCUCUCUUAUGGCUGCGCUCCCACAAGGUCAAGACGUUAUCCGCGUCAUAUCCACUGGCGGUGUCACCAAAGUCGUCAAGAUUGCCGACUGUAAUACUUGCGAGGACGUUAUGCGUGUCACACUCCGAAAGUUUUCGCUACGGGAAGAUCACGAAAGAAAUUACUGUUUUUGGGUUCUCACCGGUCUCGACCCGGAUCCCCGCGAAUGCAGACGCCUAGGUGAUACCGAGCUCUGGCGAAUCAUCAAGGACCAGCGCCGACCCGAGCGCAAUCGCUUAAUUCUGCGCCGAGUCCCUGCUGGAGAGCCUGGCGAAGCUGAGCUGCAGCGGGCUGCGGCAAUUGCCUUGGAGGAAGAACAGCAAAAGCAUACCCGUGCACUCGAGACAGUCGACAAGCGCAGCCAGGUCAAGGUACAGAAACUGCUGGGUGAGAAUUGGGAUGAAGAGCUACAACAGCCGCUAUCUCCGCUCCUCUUCCGUGACCGCGACGAAUACUAUAGAGCUGCUAUGCGCGAGCUGGAAAGACCCUCGCCGACGACGGAAACACGGCCGCAGAGCAAGAGCAGCAUUGCGCUGCGUCAGUUUGGCGGCCUACGACCCCCCAGUGAACUCAUUGCCUCGGAUCUCACAUCAUACUUCCCCGACCACCCUCGUGAGGAGAUUGAUCGCACUGCGCGUCUUUCUAUGCGCCGAUCCACGCGCCUGAGCAGGAUCAACAGCCGUCUUAGUGUCGCGAGUAGCGUCAGCUUUGCUUCCAGCGUUCAGGAUGCGCCGCCCAUGCCCACGAUUGCGGAUUCUUGGCUGAAUGGGAACACGCACAUUGCCAAAGUCCGAACCAGAGAUGCUCGCAGCUUAUACCACCGCGACUCCAUCUCAUCCUCGAUGCUCGAUACCCUCCAGGAAGAGACGCCUUCGGAGCCUGACCGCAAGUCGUACGUCUCCUUCACGGAGAGCACCUCGGAUACAGCUGCUGGUAGCCUUACACUGGCCGGGGUCAUGAGCUACUUUGACGGUGAAGGCUCUACCGGUUCGGCGCCGCUGCACGACCUCAAGCAGGCGCUCACCAAUGACGGUGAGGAUGACGACGAAGAGCUGCAGAGUUUCUUGGACGGUGAUUCCUGGGAUGAUAACAAGUGGAUGAAGGGAGCUUUGAUCGGCCAGGGCUCAUUCGGCUCCGUAUACCUUGCGCUGCACGCUGUUACUGGUGAGCUUCUCGCUGUCAAGCAAGUCGAGACUCCUUCGGGGACGCUGAGCGCUAGCGACUCGCGCAAGCAGAGUAUGAUUGACGCGCUGAAGCGAGAAAUUGGACUGUUGCGGGAGCUCAGACACCCCAACAUUGUGCAGUAUCUGGGCUGCAGCUCGACAGACAGCAACCUCAAUAUUUUCCUCGAGUACGUUGCUGGUGGUUCGGUGCAGACCAUGCUCAACUCGUAUGGUGCGCUUGGCGAGCCGCUGGUACGCAGCUUUGUGCGACAGAUCUUGACUGGUCUGUCGUAUCUCCACGCGCGUGACAUUAUUCACCGCGAUAUCAAGGGGGCCAACAUCCUGGUGGACAACAAGGGCACCAUUAAGAUUUCCGACUUUGGCAUCUCCAAAAAGCUCGAGGCCUCGAACCUGUUGGGUGGCGCUAAGAACGCCAAGCACAGGCCGUCGCUACAAGGCUCGGUCUUUUGGAUGGCGCCGGAAGUGGUGAAGCAAACGUCGUACACGCGCAAGGCAGACAUUUGGUCGCUGGGCUGCUUGGUGGUGGAGAUGAUGACGGGCACGCACCCGUUCCCCGACUGCAGUCAGCUGCAGGCUAUUUUCAAGAUUGGCGGCGGCAAGGCGUCGCCGACGAUUCCGGAAAACGCCAGCGCCGAGGCGAAGCAGUUUCUGAACCAAACGUUUGAGCUGGAUCACGAUCUGCGCCCAAGUGCGGAUGAGUUGAUGCUGAGCCCGUUUCUCAGCCCCAUUACGUGA